AUGGCUAUCUUCAAGUGGUUCGACCGUCGCGGCGACCAGAAUGCCCCCGGCGCUGAAGGGGCCGGUAGCCCUAAGAAACCUCUCGAGCCCACGAUCAUCUCGCUGGGCUCGUCGCCACCAGAUACUCCUGCGACCGGCGUGCUUUCGCCGGCCGGAGGGGAAGAGGUGCUGGCUCUAGAUAAGCGUCCGGAGUUUGGUCGGUUGGCCUCGUGGAGAGGCGCCCUGAUCUUGCUGGUGACGUCCGGCUCUCAGUUCCUGGACAACGUGUUCAUGACCAGCGCCAACAUGGCUCUGUCGUCUAUCCAGGACGAAUUCGGUGUCUCGAGUAACAACCUGCAAUGGAUGAUCUCCGCCUAUACCUUGACAUUUGGUGGUUUCCUGCUCCUUGCUGGAGUGCUGUCUGAUCGCUAUGGCCGAAAGAACAUUCUCUGCCUCGGCUUGAUCUGGCUCUCAAUCUGGACUCUGGCCAUUGGAUUCGGACAGUCAUUCAUUCAGCUCACCAUCUUCCGUGGACUCGAGGGAAUCGGCGCUGCCAUGACAGUUCCGUCCGCCAUUGGCAUUAUCAGUUCCUACUUCACUGGUACUGACCGAACUCGGGCCCUAUCCAUUUACGCGUCUGCUGGAACGAUAGGCUUCUGUGCGGGUCUCAUUUUCGGUGGCUUUCUGACUUCCUCUCUGGGAUGGAGGUACAUUUUCUAUUUUAUCGUCAUCAUCACCGGCUCGCUGGCUGUUCUGGGUGCGCUUGUGCUGCCCAAGGAUAUCUACAUGGAGCGCACGAAGGUCAAGAUGGACUACCUCGGAGCCUUGCUGUCGACAGCUGGUCUGAUUCUGCUGCAAUUUGUUCUGUCUGGUGGCGGGGUGUAUGGCUGGAGCCAGCCCUUCAUCAUCGUGCUCUUGAUCCUCGCCGUGGCCAUGCUGGUGGGAUUCGUGCUGCUGGAGAAAUACAUCAGCUACCCCAUCAUGCCUCUCUCCUUGUGGAAAAUCCGCAACUUUGCAGGACUGUGGAUCGCUGGUUUUACCUGCUACGGAAGCUACCAGAACGUGAUCUACUAUAUCGUCCUGAUGGCGCAGCAGGUGGAUGGCCUCUCGUCGGGCGACACGGCCCUCCGGUUCCUGCCCAUGGGCGUCAUCGGCUUCAUCGUGUCCAUGGGCACAGGCAAGCUGCUGGAAUACUUCAACGGAAAAUACUUGCUCCUGGCUGGGCUGGUCCUCACAACGGUGGCUCCGAUUCCAAGCGCGAUUACUUCUAGUCCCGAGACAAGCUUCUGGCUUAAUGUCUUGCCUACAUCGCUGAUCAGCAUUUCGGCCGUGUCAUUCAUCUUCGUCACGACGAGCACGGUCAUGCUGACCAGUGUUCCCGUUGAAAUCAAGAGUCUUUGCGGUGGCAUGCUCAAUACCGCGUUCCAAAUCGGAUCAGGUGUCGCAUUGGCUAUCUCGGCUGCCGUCACCGAAGCUGCGGACAUCGAGAAGGGCCACGGCCUGGCGCAGCAAUACUCCACCGGUCUCUGGUGCUCCGUCGGACUGGGCGGACUGGGACUCGUCAUCGGAUUCUUCGCCGUGCGCCGUAAGGGCAUCGGACCCGAGGACCGCAUGGGCGACCCGGUUGCUAUCUAAUAUCUCUCGCAUUGCACUUAUACGCACGCUCAUGACGGAUUCUUUGUGGGAUACUUUGGUGGGAUAUUGGGAUUACGCACAUUGGCU